UCUUGCUAAUCCGAUGUCCCUCCUCCUUUCCGCCCUGUCCGAGCAGACGGAUGUUUUCAUGUUAGCUAACUGGGCUUUUUAAAAUUUAAUCUUUCAUUAAACUGAACAUGUCUGCCUCAAUGGUGGCGAGAACGACGGUCAGAGCUGUCAGUAAAAGAAAGAUAUUAGCAACAAGAGCUGCUUUAACUCUGACUCCUCCUGCUGUGAAUAGGAUCCGGACCCUACUGGAGAACAAGCCAGAAUACAUUGGUCUGAAGGUGGGUGUUAGGACGCGGGGCUGUAAUGGUAUGACCUACACUCUGGACUUCACCAAACAGAAGGAUCAGGCUGACGAGGAGGUGCUGCAGGACGGUGUCCGUGUAUUCAUAGAGAAGAAGGCCCAGCUCACUCUGCUGGGGACCGAGAUGGACUUCGUGGAGUCCAAGCUGUCCAGUGAGUUUGUCUUCAACAACCCCAAUAUCAAGGGCACCUGUGGCUGUGGAGAGAGCUUCAACAUCUGAGAGGGCUUCCUGCUGUGGAGAGGGCUUCAACAUCUGAGAGGGCUUCCUGCUGUGGAGAGCUUCAACAUCUUAGAGGGCUUCCUGCUGUGGAGAGCUUCGACAUCUGAGAGGGCUUCGACAUCUGAGAGAGCUUCCUGCUGUGGAGAGAGCUUCAACAUCUGAGAGCUUCAAUAUCUGAGAAAGCUUCCUGCUGUGGCCUGGCCUCCCAACACACACACACCGCCCAACCUCAUCUCUCUCUCUCUCUCUUUCUCUCUCUCUGUCUCUCUCUCUGUCUCUCUCUCUCUGUCUCUCUGUCUGUCUGUCUCUCUCUGUCUGUCUCUCUCUGUCUGUCUCUCUCUGUGUCUGUCUCUCUCUGUGUCUGUCUCUCUCUGUGUCUCUCUGUGUCUGUCUCUCUCUGUGUCUGUGUCUCUGUCUCUCUCUCUGUGUCUCUGUCUGUGUCUCUGUCUCUCUCUCUGUGUCUCUGUCUGUCUCUCUGUGUCUCUGUCUGUGUCUCUGUGUCUCUGUCUCUCUCUCUCAGCCCAUCUCUUCCCUAGCCUAUAGGCCUGUGAGGUGAAUAGAGAACUGGAGAGCAGAAAGAGUAAAGCUGUGGGCCUUGGAACAUGGUGGAGAUCCUUAGACCUUGUAGUUAAACACUGAGCCAAUAGACUUCCCCCUUCUUACACUAAGGAGCACAUAGACACACUAGGGUUCUGACAGGCUAUACUGUAACAGUACCCAGAAGCCUUGGAGAGAGGGGGGCUGAAUAUACAGUAGACAGACAGGAAAUGUUGGUUAGCCAAUGGAACUCGACACAGGAAAUUGUUAUCCGUCCACAUGAUGCAGGGGUUCAGUACGGCGUAACAUUUACACAACAUUCUGAUUUAGAAAUGUGUUUUAUAGAACAUGUAUGAUGUCUUUCAAUCGUAGAAUAGACGGUAAUGUCCGCUCUAUUUGUUACGUUUCUGUGUGCAACUUUGAGAACGUUUCACCUUACUGAGGUUGAAGAGUUCCCGACUGACUGAUUUUGAAGUUUGUAAAUUAUUUUGUUAUACUUGGUUGUUUUGAUGUGUGUGUCUGUGUCUGUGUGUGUGUGUGUGUAUAAAUAAGAAUGUACAAAAACCUGUAUAAACGCACAAAACCAUAUUCCUCACCUAUAGAGGGUUCUUUCCGCUCCAUGCCAGAACAUGUGUUUGACAUGUAUGUAACUAGUGCAAUACGUCUAUGUACAGUUGGUGUGAUGUGUCUACGACUAGAAUAAAUAGGAAAUAUAAAGUG